CCGAUAUCUUGAUAGCAGAGUGCAGAUCUCCCUUAUCUACUGCUCAGUCCAGCGAUUGCUUGCGGUUGUCUAGCCUGUGUGUUCCAUGUUGAUACCUACCUAUCCCAUCCACAGAAUAUCCCACAGAACAUCUCACAGAAUAUUUGACAAAAGUAACCACAUACCACAUUCACAAUGCCUUCAGCUAUCCCACAGAACGAAUCUGCCCUCUACGAGGAGCCAAAGCCAUGGGAUCCAGAUCACCUCCGGACUCGCUUCGUGCAGGCCCUCUCAGAGAUGUACAGAACCGAAGUACCCCUCUACGGCAAGCUCGUAGACGUCGUCAACCAAGUCGAUACCACCACCCUCCAGUCCCGCGGCCAAAGCCUCAACGACCUCCCCUCCCGCUUCCAGCUUGAGCGCCAUGGCGCCAUUAGACUGGGCACCCAGCAAGAAAUGCGCAUGAUCAGCCGCCUCUUCGCCGUCAUGGGCAUGUUCCCCGUCGGCUACUACGACCUCAAAAUGGUCGGUUUUCCCCUCCACGGCACGGCUUUCCGGCCCCAGACCGAAGAAUCCCUCCGAAAGAACCCCUUCCGAGUCUUCACCACCGUCCUCCGACCAGACCUCAUCUCCUCCCCGAAAGUCCGGGAGAUGGCCACCUCCAUCCUCUCCACCAGACAGCUCUUCUCCUCCAGGCUUAUCGAGCUGAUCGACCAAGCGGAGACCUCUGCUCUAGCCAACCUCACGGCCCAAGACGCCAACAACCUGAUUACCGAAUCUCUCAAGAUCUUCAAAUGA